CGGGGCCGGUCCCGGCUCGGCCCGCGAGGGGUGGCUCUUCAAGUGGACCAACUACAUCAAGGGGUACCAGCGCCGCUGGUUCGUGCUCAGCAACGGGCUGCUCAGCUACUACCGAUCCAAGGCGGAGAUGGGCCACACGUGCCGGGGCACCAUCAACCUGGCCACGGCCAACAUCACCGUGGAGGAUUCCUGCAACUUCAUCAUCUCCAACGGCGGCGCCCAGACCUACCACCUGAAGGCCAGCUCCGAGGUGGAGCGGCAGCGCUGGGUCACCGCCCUUGAGCUCGCCAAGGCCAAGGCUGUCAAGAUGCUGGAGGAGUCAGACGACUCCGGCGACGAGUCGGUGUCGCAGACGGACAAGACGGAGCUGCAGAACACGCUGCGGAUUCUGUCCAGCAAGGUGGAGGACCUGAGCACCUGCAACGACCUGAUCGCCAAGCACGGCACGGCCCUGCAGCGCUCGCUCAGCGAGCUCGAGGCCCUGCGCCUGCCCCCCGAGAGCACCGACAAGAUCAAGCAGGUCAACGAGCGGGCCACGCUCUUCCGCAUCACCUCCAACGCCAUGAUCAACGCCUGCAGGGAUUUCAUGCUGCUGGCGCAGACGCACGGGAAGAAGUGGCAGAAGUCGCUGCAGCAGGAGAGGGAUCAGCGGAUCCGGCUGGAGGAGACGCUGGAGCAGCUGGCAAAGCAGCACAACCACCUGGAAAGGGCCUUCCGGGGGGCCACGGUGCUCCCCGCCGGCACGCCCGGCACCGGCGGCUCCGGGAAAGAUCUGUGCUGCCCCUCCAAAGGUGACAUGAGCGAUGAGGACGAUGACAACAACGAGUUCUUUGACGCCCCCGAGAUCUUCCCCAUGCCCGACAUCAUGGGCCACAAGAGAACUGGGAGCAACAUCAGCGGCACCAGCAGCGACAUCAGCCUGGAUGAGCAGUACAAGCACCAGGUUGAGGACACCAAGAAGGAGAAGAGAACCCGCAUUCCCUACAAACCCAACUACAGCCUCAACCUCUGGAGCAUCAUGAAGAACUGCAUCGGGAAGGAGUUAUCCAAAAUUCCCAUGCCGGUGAACUUCAACGAGCCACUGUCGAUGCUCCAGCGGCUGACAGAGGACCUGGAGUACCACGAGCUCCUGGACCGGGCGGCCAAGUGCGAAAGUUCCCUGGAGCAGCUGUGCUACGUGGCCGCCUUCACCGUCUCCUCCUACUCCACCACCGUCUUCCGCACCAGCAAACCCUUCAACCCGCUCCUGGGGGAGACCUUCGAGCUGGAUCGGCUGGAGGAGAGCGGAUACCGCUCCCUCUGCGAGCAGGUGAGCCACCACCCCCCGGCCGCUGCCCACCACGCCGACUCCAAGCACGGCUGGACGCUCCGCCAGGAAAUCAAGAUCACCAGCAAAUUCCGAGGGAAAUACCUCUCCAUCAUGCCUCUAGGUACCAUCCACUGCGUCUUCCACUCGUCCGGCAACCACUACACGUGGAAGAAGGUGACCACCACCGUGCACAACAUCAUCGUGGGGAAGCUGUGGAUAGACCAGUCGGGUGAGAUCGAGAUCGUCAACCACAAGACGGGUGACAAGUGCAACCUCAAGUUUGUCCCUUACAGCUACUUCUCCCGGGAUGUGGCGAGGAAGGUGACCGGGGAGGUGACGGACCCCUCGGGGAAGGUGCACUUUGUCCUGCUGGGCACGUGGGACGAGAAGAUGGAUUGCUACAAAGUCCAGCUGGGAACGGGGGACAACGGAGCCGAGGCCCGGCCGCGAGCCCACGAGUCCGAGGACAGCCGGGUGCUGCUGUGGAAGCGGAACCCGCUCCCGAAGUACGCGGAGAACAUGUACUACUUCUCGGAGCUGGCGCUGACCCUGAACGCCCCGGAGAGCGGGACGGCUCCCACGGACAGCCGGCGGCGCCCCGACCAGCGGCUCAUGGAGAACGGGCGCUGGGACGAGGCCAACGCCGAGAAGCAGCGGCUGGAGGAGAAGCAGCGGCUCUCCCGCAAGCGCCGCGAGGCCGAGGCCGCCCGCGCCUCCGAGGACGGGACCCCCUGCGAUCCCUACAACCGCUGUGGUUCGAGCGGAGGAAGGACCCGGUGACGCAGGAGCUGGCGCACGUCUACAAGGGGGGGUACUGGGAGAGCAAGGAAAAGCAGGACUGGAGCCUGUGCCCGGAUAUUUUCUGAGCCCAGCGAGGAGGAGGAG